GUGCCAUGGGCUCAAGCACACACUCGACACCUUCAAUGGACUCUGUUGCCGUUUCAACAGGACAUUGCCAGCACCAACCAUCGCAAAGUUCGUUUGAGCCCCGCACUGCGCCUCUCCUUCUGCUGGUGGACCAAGGUUCAACACCUCUCCAAGGGCACGUCGUUCAGAGAACCCCGCAGAACCGUUGUAACCACAGAUGCCAGCCUCAUCGGUUGGGGAGCCCACUGCAACUCCCAGUACGUUCAGGGGGUUUGGUCCACCGCGGAGCAAACUCAAAGCAUCAACUGGCUGGAGCUAAAGGCUGUCCACUUAGCUCUACGUCAUUUUCAGUCUCUGUUCCCUUUGGACCAUGUGCUCAUUCGAACAGACAACACGUGUGUAAAAUCACAUUUGAACAGACAAGGGGGCACCAGGUCUCGUCCCCUGCAGGACUUAGCCUCCCUCAUUUUUAUCUGGGCAGAACAACAUCUACAAUCCCUGAAAGCAGAACAUCUCAGAGGGAUUUGGAAUGUGACAGCAGACUGGCUCAGCAGACAACAGAUAUUUCCGGGAGAAUGGAAACUUCAUCCAGCCAUUUUCCAUCGUCUCCAAUGUCGGUUUGGCGCCCUCUCAGUCGACCUGUUUGCUCCCAGUCGCAAUUGCCAGCUUCCCAGGUACUUUGCCCGAUACCUGGACUCAACAGCAGAAGCAGUGGAUGCUCUGACAACACCGUGGCCAGAUGGUCUAUUGUACGCCUUUCCUCCCAUACCAUUGUUAGCCAAAACCUUGAGGAAGGCGCGAACCGAGAGGGCACAGCUGGUUCUGAUAGCACCAUUUUGGCCACGCCGACCGUGGUUUUCAGAUCUUCUGGCAAUGUCAAUGAUGGAUCCUUGGACACUUCCAGUCAGGCCAGGCCUUCUAUCCCAGGGUCCAGUACUGCAUCAGGACCCUACUUGGCUCAAUCUAACAGCGUGGCGUUUGAACGGGGACAUUUGAGGUCAGCUGGACUGUCUGACGCAGUGAUUGAUAUUAUUUUGGCCUCGAGAAGACCAUCUACCACUCGUAUUUAUCAACAUACCUGGGGGGCUUUCUCCAAGUGGUGUCAGUCCCACCACCAUGAUCCAUCCCAAGCCACUGUGCAUCAGGUGCUGCAAUUUCUUCAUAGCGGCUUUAUGAUGGGACUUCGACCCAACACUCUACGUCGACAUGCGUCCACUCUGUCGUCCAUUCUCUCAGUUUCCUUUCCUGGAGAUCAUAUUUCCUCACAUCCGUUCAUCAAACGCUUUUUGAGGGGAGUCGCCCUACGCUCUCCGCCUGUUGUCCAUCGUUUUCCUUCAUGGAGUUUGCCGAAGGUUCUGCAGGCUUUGCAACGCCCUCCGUUUGAACCCAUCAGGUCUGUGCCCCUACGUAUGCUGUCCUUCAAGGUCUUGUUUCUGAUCGCAAUCACAUCUGCCAGACGCGUUUCGGAGUUGGGCGCAUUGUCUUCUGCUCGACACCUCUGCGUCUUCCAUAAGGACUCUGUUGUGCUGAAGACUGAUCCUUCCUUCCGUCCCAAGGUCGAUUCAGUUUUUCAUUGCAACCAGGACAUUGUUUUACCUUCCUUUUGCCCGAAUCCUACCCAUCCGCUCGAGAAGGCUUGGCAUUCGUUGGAUGUUCGGAGGGCUCUCAAGACAUACCUGUCUAGGACCCAAGAGAUUCGAAGAACGGAGUCUCUGUUUAGUGGGAGGGGCCUGACGCCCCUAGUCUUGACUUCAAAGACAUUCUUGCCUUCGCACGAUAGGUGGAGCUAACACCCGCUGUGAUGGCCGGACUCAUAGGAAAAUCACCCUUCAGGUGAGACCAAUGGUCCAUUUUCAGCCUGCUAUGUUUAAACCACUUCAUUUAAGGCAAGGUGGACAUGGUCAAUUAAAAACAUAGAGCACACCUAGAAUUGCUAGGAUAUAUUUCACCUCCCACUGUUUUAUCUUGUGCAAACUGAGACAUUCCUGAUGUCCACUGGAGACUAUUCUGCAGAAUAGUCAGUGCCAUUAUUCCACAGUUAUUUUUGGAGUUUUUUUAGUGUAAGUUUUGCAAAGUGUUGCUGUACUUCACAUAUUCACAGAUAUAGAAACAAAAGAAAGUGAUUUACUAUGGGAAACUUACCUAAAUUACAAAGUAAAUCAGACCUAUUUAAAGUGACCAUCUGAACUAUAUCAACCGUCUUAAUAAUGUUGCUUCCUCCAUGCUAAAACAAGAUAAGCACAGCACAUG